CUGCAGUCAAUCUGGAAAAGCAACCACCAUCCAAGCCGCGCCUGGUUGAGCUCACGGCCUCCCACAUCACCUCUGACUCUGUUCAGUUGGAAUGGAGGGUCCCUGAGGGCACCUUUGACUCCUUCACGGUGCAGUACAAGGAUGCACAGGGCCAGCCCCAGGUACUGCCCGUGGAUGGUGGGUCCCGCACGGUGACCGUGCCAGGGCUGUCACCAUCCCACCGCUACAAGUUCAACCUCUAUGGGAUGUGGGGGCGGAAACGUCUGGGCCCUGUCUCUACUGAUGCAAUCACUGCUGCAGUUGAGCCAGAAGAAUUGAUAUCUGAGCCGCACCUGGGUGAGCUUCUGGCCUCCCACAUCACUCCCAGUUCCGUCCAGCUGGAAUGGAGCAUCCCCGAGGGCACCUUUGACUCCUUCAUGGUGCAGUACAAGGAUGCACAAGGCCAGCCACAGGUGCUACCCGUGGACGGUGGGUCCCGCACAGUGACCGUGCCAGGACUGUCACCAUCCCACCGCUACAAGUUCAACCUGUACGGGAU